AUGCAGCCACCAGCCGCUGAUACGCUCCCGCUCACCAACAUGAAUGACCGUCGAGUUCUGGUCUUCUGGCUUCUGGAGAUCGUGGCCGUCCUUCAAUUCAUUGUCUGGCUUGUUGUGGUCAGCCAUGUGGCAGCUAUACCCGUUGGCUUCCGUCCCUCGGCGGCAAAGUUCACCCUGAAGUCGUAUCUGAGUCCAUCUUCAAAUGCGACUAUACUCCACCAUUCUGACCGCGAAGGGAGGGUCCAUCCUGUAAGGCCUGCGCAACAAGCUGCGAUCGAUCUCUGGUUUGGCCUUUGUUUCCCCGUGGUCGUGGACGCCUUCGCGGUCGUCUUGACGUUCAACCGCGCGCUCAUCCGGAAGUUCCACAACGCCGUAUCGCAGCGCUUGGUCUUUCUCGCUUCCAUGAUCCUCUGGGCCGUGUGGUCGUGGAAUGCAGAGCCAGGAGCCUUUGCGGCGCGGCACCCAGUUCUGUCCCUGGCGGGCGGCUUUCUUCUCUACGGGCUCCUGGGCUCGAUCCUCGAUACGCUCGAAACACACACCACCCCCCCGGCCCGUUGGGCCACGUUUGCAGAAUACAGCAAGACUCUGGGCCGAACGGAAACAUCUUGGGCGCACGCGGCCACUCUCGCAGCGGUGGUCGGCGGACUCGGGUUGCUCUUGACCUGGCUCAUCCCCGCCCCCUGGUCGGCCGGUCUUCCGGUCAUACACAUCCUGUCAGAGUCGCUGAUCGUAUCGACGAUGGGCGCAGGGAGGACGCCUCGCUAUAUCUCGCUGUGCAGUCCUCUGUUCUUCGCCACGGUUUGCAUGCAUUGGGGGGUGGUGCCGGUAUCGCACAACCCGCGUCUUUCGAUCACACCCCUAUGCUUUCUGGGGCUGGUUCUUCUCAGUCGGCUGCUGCUCGACGCGCAUCUGUCGACGGUGUUGCGGUCGCGUCCGGAGCUCGAAUGGUCUCGGCAGAAGGUUUUGAUAUCCACCCCGCGCCUCCUGGCCAUGUGCAUUGUGAUGCUCGUUUGCGAAUAUGGCGGGCUGAGGGUCAUCACCUAUAUAAAACCCAUCUCGGUGUUGGUUUUCUUUGGCUUGGGAAUUGCUGGGUAUAUGGGGGCGGCUGUAUACAAUAUCGUGCUGAAGCUGAGUGAACUACCUAAUUCCCCUGGAGACAAGUUGUAG